UGCAUCAUCUUCUUCUUCAAUUCCCCUGCUUCCCUUCUCUGCAACUCUGCAGCUUCAGCGGUCUCUUUCUUCCGACCGCUGCCGGUUGCUGUAGUUGCUCUUCUAGAAACACUCACAAAAAACCCAACAAGACAAAACCAAAUCAUGUCGCCAUUGAAGAUCUUUCAAGCUUCCUGCGACGACAAAAAACAGGGCAUCGUCGCUGUUCUGUCCUCCGACCCCGACCGCUCCAAAUCCCAACCUUCUUCUCUCCGAAGAACACUCUCUGCUGACAUGUCGUCCCAUAAAUGGAUUUCCCAAAUGAAAAAUGUCGCUUCUUGUCAAGAAUUUGGUCUCUGGGAUUCAAUUCAAGAAAGGGAGAAAAAGAAGAAGAAAACAGAGGAGGAUAAAACAGAGGAUAAAACAGACUCUGCUGAUAUUUGGGGCUCUGUCAUCAAAUCUCGUAAGGAUUUUAAUGCUAAUCCUUAUGUUCCUCCCCGGCCAAUGGGUAAGUGUUUAAGUGAGAAAAGCCUCGAGAUUUGUACUGAAAGUCUUGGAUCGGAAACCGGCUCUGAUGGGUUCUCGUCGUAUCCAUCAUCGGAGAACGGAGAUUCCGACGAGGAGGAGUUUGAAGUAGAGGAUCAAGGAAAGCCGGUGAAGUAUAGCUAUAAAAAAUCACCCCCCCGCCGGUCGUUUCCUCCACCGUUGCCGACACUCUCCGGCCCGGAUGGGGAGUUAGUACGGAUGCAGCCCCGCCGUGACAACGGCCGGUUGGUCCUCGAGGCCAUGUCCGUGCCUUCACAGAGCACCUUCUCCGCCCAACGUCAAGAUGGCCGCCUCGUUCUCACCCUCGUUAAUCGCAAGCCCAUUAACGAGAUCAAAGAAGAACAGAAAAAGAUUGAAAAUUCAUCACAAUUACCAAGUGGGUUACUAAAAUCCCACAGAUUAGCAUCAAUGAUGAACAGCAAAUCGAGAGUUUUAGCCAACAGGAACCCAUCACUCCCCCCACGCCCAAAGGCGGCAGCAGCAGCAGCUCAACCAAUAACCCCCUGCGCCGCCCCGCCUACCGCAGCGUCGUUGAAUGCCUACGAGUACUACUGGAGAUCGAAGCCGAGCUCGAAAGCGGGGGCGGCGGCUGUGAACCCGCUCGGGCAGCAGGCGGCGGCGUUCAAGAAUAGCAACAGAAAAGUUAUGAUAUGCAAGAACAGAGUAGUGAAUGAAGAAGAGCAAAUGUUCGUGAUGUCUCCAAAAGGGAGUUGUAAGGAAGUCCGGCGGACGGCGGUGGUUUGGGAGCCACGGUGCAUUGCCACAUCGUAAGUAGUUGAUGAUAUUCAUUUGGCGAAGGCUGUAAGCUAACUGUUGUAGCUGGGUGUGAAUUGGGUUCUUAAUUUAGUGUUAACUUACCUUUCCACUCUUUGGGGAAUUGUGUUGAAAAGAAUAAAAAGGUGAUGAAAGAGAAAGAGUGAGAGAUUAUUACUUUUUAUUUGAGAGAAAUAUUUACCCUUCAUGAA